AUGCCGCCAAAAGUCCAGGAGAGUCCGGAAAUCGUUUUGACGCGAGCGCGCGCUAAACGAGACGACAUACUGAAUUCCAUUAAAGGCAUUUACGCCACUGCAUUAGAGGCACGCUCCGAUGUCAGUCGAGUACCGUCGUUAAUUAUUCAUGCCGAUGAUUUGAAUAGGCUCGUCGAACAAUUUCAAAGUCAGCGAGAUGUUAUUAUUAACGCGUUAAUUGACCUCAACCGUAUCGCCGAGUUCGAACAGGUUGAUCGUCCGUUGGUUACGUCAAUGGAAUCAAUACGUCUCGAAAUUAAAACUAUCGUCGCGAGUGCCGUUCACGUGAGUGCCGCUUCCGCGAAUAUUUCUGAAAUUAAAUCGUCGUCCACCGCUGCCGCGUCGCAACAUUUUAUCCCGCUACCAAAAAUCGAGUUACCGCAUUUCGACGGUGAUUUACUAGAGUGGCGUUCUUAUCGCGAUAUAUUUGUGUCCCUCGUACAUGAUAACACUCUCAUCGGCGACGCGCAACGUUUCCAUUUUUUAUUAGCUAGUCUAAAGGGAGAUGCGUUAGCCGUUGUGAAAUCAAUACCGCUGUCUGCGGAUAAUUACGCUCUCGCGUGGGAAGCAUUGUCCGAUCGUUUUGACAACAAGCGUCUUUUAGCUUCCGCGCAUUUAGACAAACUUUUCGCUUUCAAGCCAAUCGCACACGAGUCGUUACCAGCUCUGUCAUCAUUCGUAAAUACAUUUAAAAAAAAAUGUGUCUUUAAUUAA